AUGAACCAAAAUAAAAAUGCAGAUUCCAUCAUGAGAGAUGAUGAAAUGGAAAAGAAAGUUAACAGCAUUAAGAAAAAUACCAUAAAAAUAGAUUUAGAGCAUCUCGACUCUCUUCUUCGUUACAUGCAUAAUCAAAACAAACAGCUCAACAAAAGAGUUGGAGCCCUCGAGGCGAACCCCAAGCUUGCCAGGAUGGCUGAAAGCAUCAAGACUCUUGAAGACCAGGCUAUUGAAACUAAGCUUAGCCUAAAAUAACAUCCAAGUCAAGAUCAUAGAUACUGAAAAGAAGCAUCUAAAGUUUGAAGAUCGUAUAAAAACCCUUGAAAAAGAUAUGCAUGUUACAAAACAGACAGAAAGAAAAUUAGAAAACAAGAUCAAAUAUGAAAUAAAGAAUGUACAGAAGGAAAUCAAGACACUUGAGAACAACUUUGAAAAAUAGACUGUACAAGAAGUGUAAACCCAUUGAAGACAAAGUUAUGAUAGCUCUCGGCUCCAUUGACGAUAUCGAGAAUGAAAUCGAAGACCUUAAGUCCACUCUGAGUGGCUUCCAAUCCAAAGACCUCAGUCCUAUGAAAGAUGACAAAGAUUCUAAAAAUAUUUCAUUUGCCAAAAAGAUGACUACUCAAGAGAAACAGAAGAAAGCUACAGCUCUUUCUCAGGUAAUGGAUGGUGAAAUCAAGAAUCUCCGCAAAGAAAUGGAGGAGAAAUUCUCUCUACUAGAUACUAAGAUCAAAGUAGGAGGAGGCUCCUCAUCCUUUGAUCGCUUCCUUGGCCUCAAAGAUAGGGACGAGCUCUUCAAUAGCACCAAUCAUAAUAAAAGGAUUGAAGAAGCUAAAGGAUUUGGGUCUACUUCUUUUGAAAAAAUCGAUGCUAAGAAUUAUAUAAUGCAUAAUGAUAUGGUCUUGCACCAGCUCUACAGUCGGUACAAACAAAUAGUUGAAGAGUUAGACAUUUAUAAAGACAAAAUAAUGGCAAAUAUCAAAUUUGGCCAGAAAAAGACCAGUGUUCUCGUCAAAAAUUUUAAACAAAGAAAGAGAUCUAAUUCACUAGAGUUCAAAGUCUUCAAAAUCAAGGAUGAUGUACUUGGAAAAGCUAGGUUCAACUUUAUCAAAAGUCCGACACCAGAGAAGGACCUUCUGAAAUGGAACUCCAAUAUCGAUGGACGUUUGGAGAAAAUAGAGAAGUUCUGCUCCCAAACAAUUCCUAAUAAAUUUAACGAAUCCAGUAGAAAUGGUGGUCUGAUAACACAAGAAAUUAGGGUCCUUGAAAGCGCAAUAAACAACUUAAAAUUUGAAAUUAAUGAUCUUAAGAAUAACACAAGUAAAUAAAGAUCAUGAAAAAACUCUUUUCAGAGCUGGCACAAUAGAGGGAGAACCCAUAAGUCCCAAUUUAAAGUCAACAAUCGAAGAAAGAGUCAAAAAUCUCAAGAAAAACUUUGAUAACGAAAUAGACCAAUACGCUUCGGACAUAAAAUCCUUCGAGAACCAACUAGCUUACUUUGAAAAAGAGAUGGCUAACAAGGUAGAUAAAUCUGUAAUCGACAAUCUCGAAGCCAACUUAAACAACAUAAUCAAGCAAUACAUCGGAAGCCACAGCAUUGCAAAUCUCAUGAAAGAGCUAACCGACGACAUCCUCUCCAUAAAAGACAGAAUCGAAUUCAACUUCGAAAAAUACGACAACAGGAUGGAAGAUUUUGACAAACGCAUCACCCGAUACGACGAAGAGUACCAAAAAUUCCUGGACGAGGCCGAAGAGAUAGAAAAAUACAAAAACAAGAACAAAGUGUUAGAAAUAAAGAUUGAUAAGCUCUUCACUCUACUCCAAAAGCACGCUUUUGACUUAAAAUCCAUCGAUGAUGAAGACAUCAAAGACGAAAUUAAUCUGGAAUAUGACGACCAGGAGAAGGACGGGGAGGCAUCCCCGAAGAGAAGAAGGUCGAAGAUGGAUGUUGUGACCAAGAAACAGAUUGAUGCCAUACAUGCACUGUACCUUAAGCUGGAAACUGAGAUUGAUGAUUUGAAGGAGAAGAUGAAGGAGAGGGAAUACGCGACUCAGAUGGUCGAGCAGUCUGCGAUAGAAAUAGCGCAGGGGAAGAAGCCGAGCAAUGUUGUGUUGAAAGGAGCUAGAGAAAGAGAUAUUCAUAGAAUCAUGAAUGUAGAGUUUAUGGGAAUGAAGCAGCUUAUUGGGAAGCAUCAGAUUUCACUUAAUCGUUAUGAAAAGAACUUGCGUGAGCUUCAAGAGUUCAAAAAUCAAAAUAUUUAUGGCAAAUUUGAUCAAGAGCAAAGGAAAAUGGCUGAAGAGCUCAGAACUUUAAUUCUAAAAUCUGAGAGUCAAUAUGACAAUGAAAUUACAAAGCUCAAAGGAACCAUUCACUCUAAAACUAAUGCUGAGAAGUUAGAAACUCUUCAAAAGGAAAUUAACGAGAAAGUGAUGAGUUUGAUCACCCACAAAAUAGACAGAGAUGAACACAAAAGACUCCAGCUAAGAAUGAAUAAAAAACUAAAUACCCUAGAAAAAGAGGUUGAAGAUUUCUGUUCGAAAAAUAACCAAGAUGAUAAUUACAAGUCGCCCUUUGUUGUAACCAAUAACAAAUGUUUCUCCUGCAACAGGGUGAAAGAAGACUCACCAGAGAAGAUCAUGCCCAAGACAUCCAACGAUUUCAACAAGAAUAAAUAUAUUUUCAAAGAGCUUUACAAGAAAGGGCCUCAGAUGGGGGCUAGCUUCUCCAGACUUCUCAGUAAACUUGAUAAACCAGAGACAGUCUCCUCGAUGGUCAGAAGAAAGGAUGUAAGCAAUCAGAUCAUCGAGAUUACUCCUAAAAACAAAGAUCGAUUGGAUAAGCCCAAGACCGGAAACUCAGAAUACUCUAAGAGAAAGUUUGAGUCACAGAAUGUGCUUACUCCGAAAGUGGAUUUCAGUUCAAAAUCUGGAACUAAAUAUCGGAUCACUAAGAACUCCUCAGCUCCAGAUAUUUCAGAUGGUUUUAGAAAAAAUGUAUCCUCUAAGAAGGAUAGGACAUCUGUGGUUGUACAUAAGAGGAAUAAGACUGAAAAGCAUGGAGAUUCAACAUAUUCCAGGCAAGGGGUUAAAUUUACUGCUCCAUCAAAGCUUAAAUCAGGGUCAAGUUCAAGACGAGAUCUGAAAGCCUAUAAGAACAAUUUAUAGAUAAUUUUCAAUGAAAUCUU